AUGUUAAGAAGAGGUGCAACAACUAUCAAGUUAACCCCUGAGGAUAUUUCUGAGUAUGAUCAAAGUGUAGUGAACUCAGCACAAUACUUAAAGGAGGAUAAUUUACAAGAACAAGAGCCAGAUAAUUCAAUCACCAAUUAUAAAGAUAGAAACGAGAGAAUCUUGAAUCGUGAUCGUAACCAAAACCACAACCACAACUAG